AUGGCCGAGAUCGUGUGCCUCGUGAGGCACAGCGGUGUGGACCUGUUCGAGGCCAUGGCCUUCUUCACGCGCUUCGCGAAGAUGUCCUGGCUGAACAUGGUCAGCGUGCCGUCCAGGUCCACCUGCGAGCCUUUGCCUCGGCGAGGGCCGCUGGCGGGCAUCGCUCAGGCCAAGCAGGGCAAGCGCUUCAAGGCGAUGUCGGAAUCGCUGGAGAUCCUGUCCGCCCUCCUGUGGGAGAAGCGCUUCGCUGAGCUGCUCAACAUUGACUUCUAUUCCAACCUGGUCGGGCAGUUCUCUCUCUCGAACGUCUGGGUGCGAAUCGAGCACCCGCUGGCCUCUCGCCUGGCGGAGUGCAGCAAGGACGAGUCUUUCAAGCAGCGCUACGGUCGUCUGCUAGAAGUGGCGACCCGAGCAGCUAAGGAGGCGGCUGACGACGACGAUGAUGAGCCACCAGUUGACCAGAAGGUGGAUGCCGGAUGCGGCGGCUGGCGCCUGGGCCGUUUCGAGGGCAGCGCGUUGUUCGCUUGCAUGGCCUUGUCGAACCACUCGUGCUUGCCGAACUUCGACAUGCGAUUCACUGACGGCGCGAUCGCGACCAUGGUGGCGCUGCGCGACGUGGAGGAGGGGGGCGAGCUCCACCUGGCCUACGUCUCCCCCUCGAAGCCCCUGGACGAGCGCCUCGCCACCCUCUGGCGCACCUGGGGCUUCGUGUGCACCUGCAGAAAGUGCCAGGACCAGCUCAUGGCCCGCGCGGUGGGCGAAGGCGGGGACACCGCGGGCAGCGCCGUGCCAGGCGGCCCACCGGUCUGA